UAUACUCGCAGAUGCAGCAUAUCGUUCACGUUUCUCGUCCAAACAGUUUAUUAUUGUGCAAGUGAAAUUUAUAAAACAAAGUGAUAAUUGUGAAAAACAGUGAAAUUUAUAAAACAAAGUGAUUAUUGUGAGAACAGUGAAAUUUUAGAUUGAGUUCAUAUAAAAAACUAAAAAAAAUGCGAUCGUGUGUAUUCUGUAAAAAAAAAGAUAGAAAAUCAAACGAUUUAUCUUUUUUUAAAUUUCCAGCAGAUGAGAAAGUUCUCCAGCUCUGGAUAAAAAAUAUGAACUACGAGCCAAAUUGGAAACCGUCAAAAUAUCAUCAUUUAUGUUCUCAACAUUUUUCAAGCCAGUGCUUAGAUUUUCGCGAUCAACUUUUUCGUUUGCGAAAAGGCAGUAUUCCAACGAUUUUUUAUGGACAUAAUGAGAACUUACAUCACAAUUAUCGUCAGAUAUUGGAAAGCAACAAUCUGAAUCGUCAGGAUUCUGAUCGUUUACAAAAAAACCAUACAGCCACAUUAAUCACAAUUCUGGAAGCUGAGGAUUCAGAAUCUUCAAUGUGUUUGUAGGAGGAACAAAAAUCACGAAAUCAAUUUGCGGUUUAAUAUUUUCAAGGCGGAAUGAAUUUACGUAAAUUGUACAUUUUUCAUUGUUAAAAAAAUAAAAUUAGUUAAUUAAUGACUCAUACUAAUUGUAUAUAACAUAAAUUAAUUUUCAUAAUAAAUUAUAAAGAGUAAACAGA